AUGGCUUCCGCACGCAACGAGUACCGAUCGUGCACUGCGCGGACGUCGCUCGCCACACUCAACAACACGAGCAGCAGCACGGGCAGCAGCACGAGCAACACGAGCAGCGGCAACGCCAACAGCCACGAGCUCGUGCUGGCGGUCGAUGGCACACACGAGUGGCCCCGUCCCAGCUGCACCUAUGUCCCGUCCGACCUCAUCACUGCAGCCAGCCUGUGGCAGAUGAGCACGCCCGAGAUGGACCGCCGCGCCGAUCCCAUCAGGAAGCUCGCCAGCAAUCUGCAAGCCACUCAAGGAUCCGCCGCAGCCCAGCCAACAACCCAGCCAACCCAGCCAACCCAGCCAACCGCCGCAGAGCGUGAAGCACUGCUCAAGCAACGGCAAGCAAUACUACUCGAGAUGGAAAAGUCGCUGCCUGGAUUCAAGACGUUCAACAGGAUUGACCUGCCAACCCUCGCCAGCUGUCCACACGUGCCGCGUGAGACGGACUUGCCGUCGAGCAAGGUCAUGGACUACUGGUGGAGCAUGGAGGGCUGCCAUGUCACAGAGAGCGUGGACGCCGCGACGAUGCUCUUCCGCGCCGCCUGCGAGAGCAAGCAAGCACUGGUCGACCUGAUGGCGGGCUCCGGCAAGACGAUCAACGCACGCGACGCCGACGGAGUGACUGCUCUGCACCUGGCUGCGCUGCAUGGCAAUGCGGAAUGCGCAGCGCUUCUGAUCAAGCAAAACGCAAUGGUCAAGGCCGUCGAUGAGAGUGGUGCCACGCCGUUGCACUACGCGAGCGCUCAAGCAAAGCAAGACGUCAUCCGUGUCCUGCUGAACGCCGGUGCCAUCGUGAAUGCCACCGACCACUUUAUGCAGACGCCCCUGAUGAAGGCGACCAUUGCCGGCCAGAUCCAGAGCAUCAGCACACUGUUGGCCGCCCACGCAUCUGUCAAACCCAAAGACCUGUAUGGCCUGACCGUCCUCGACCUUGCUGUCCACGCCGGGAACCAAGCCGCAUACGUCAAGCUUGGCGGAAAGGCGGCUGCAUUUCCAGCAGCUGUUGCCGCUAGCGGCAGAUCGGAGCCUCCCAAAGCAGAGAAUGCGAAACCCGCCGAAUCCUCGAAAAGCAGCAGCGAUUCGUCAAGCGCCAGCCAAGCUACCAAGCCAACCAACCCUUCCAACAGCAACAAGAAGCCCACCACCAGCAGCAACAGCACCGCCACCGCCACUGCUACAGCUACGGCUGCAACUACGGCCACAGCCACAGCCACCAGCACCAGCGCCACUCCAGCUCCCGGCACCGACAACAACAACAACAACAACAACAACAACAAAAGCAAUGCCACGCCAACCAAAGCAGCCGAGCCCCAUGCACCCAAACCAACCAAUGCAUCAGGUGCGCACGUCCGCAAAAUGGAAGCCCCUUUCGACAAAAUCGAAAUCUGCCAGCGCGAUUGGACUGCCGAGUUUGCUCAGUUGAGCCAGGAAAAGCUACCACUGAGCUGGGUGCAGUUGCCCAAGACCAACAUGGCCAUGCUGGUGGGCAAGCCAUCUGAUUUGAGCGCCAUUUCGCAAAACGUCCCGCUCCUUCCUGCAAUUAUCGAGGUUCCUCGCAUGGCAGUGCAGAGUCUCAACAACGACGCCCCUUCCAGUCACGAGUCUGAUUUUGCUGCCAUCGCCCUUCAGGCCAAGCUGUUGACCACCUCCGUGCGUUCACCGAUUGACAUUGUCGACCCUCCAGCUCGAGACAAGGGAACGCUGCGGACGGCCCUGUUCCAUGCUUGCAGCAUGACCUACUUUGACGAAGUUUCGUUCGCCCGAUUGCUGCUUCCAUACUGGGAUGCCGCGAACAAUCGACCCAUUGCCAAAGUCGUGGAAGUGAAGGAUGCCUUCGGGCAGACACCGUUGCACGCGCUGGCCAUGACAAACGACACCACCAGCGUCCAGCGCUUGCUCCUCUUGCUCGCCCAUGGUGCCAACCCUAUGACCUUGAACGCCAGCGGGCAGUCUCCACUCAUGCUUGCAUCACUGAUGGAUCGGCCAGCCUUGGUGUGGAUGCUUGCGUUGUGCUGUACCGAGCUCAAUCUCGCCAAGGUUUGCACCGACUUUCAAAUGUCGUACGAUAUCGGCACGACUCAGCCCCAGACCUACGUGCAAAACCGCGAGUCUCUUCGGCGCAUUGCCCGCAUGCUGACCGUGAGGGCGUCGACAUCGCGCUCGUCCGUAUUCUUGGCUGUCGGGCCGCUUGGCGUUCCUUGCCCCGCCGGCUCGUCAACGACGAUCUGCUUGACCGAGGCAAACUACCAUUGGUUCGGGCCGUUCGAACACGACGACGUCAAGUCUCUAGUCCGUGACACGAUGCCCACCAUCCAGAUCCGCUCCACGGCGCCCGCAGGCGUCCGACUCAACUGCGGCGGCCUGUCCAAGACAGGCUGCAAGAGAUUGCGGCUUCCUUUGACAUGGACAAUCUCGGAAUCCGAGCUGCCGCCAGAAGGCACCAAGCAGACGUCUGACUCUGGGGCCGCGGCCAACAGUGCCAAGUCCACUGCCAAGUCCGCCCCCGCGAAAGGCAAGACAGACGCACCCAUCAGCGAGUCCGACAAGGCAAAGAUCAAAGUGUUGCAACAUUCCAUCAGCAAAGCAAAAGAGUCAAUCACGUAUUAUCGCGACGCUGUCAACACUCAGCAGACUCGUCAGCAACAGAUUCGAGAUCGUCUCCGCGUCCUUGCCGACACGCGCAGAAUCAUCGGCGACGAACUUCGCAACAUCCUUGAGAUUGCCUCUGGCAGUUCUGGCGAUACCAGAGCGUCCAUGAUCGAGGAUGCCGAGGAGGAGCUGUCCAAGUUGAUGGACGUGAUUCAGACCCUGGAUCGUGAGUUGGCGUCCAUGCCUUCCAUCCCGCCUCCGCUGUAA